AUGACAGACGCGGAACCGCUUCAGCAUGUUCAGUUUGGCGAUGGGAUUCGGCCUGUGAAGUCGAGGAGUAGCGCGUUUGGAGAGAAGGCUAUGCAUGAGAAUCAGGUGGUUGGCGAGAAAGUCAAGGAGAUUGAUGAGGAGGAGUUGGCUGUUAGGGAGAUUGCGGAUCAGGAUUUGAAUAGUAAGAAGAAACAGACUUACACGGGAUGGAUGCUUCUUUGGCUGUCAUAUCAGUCUACUGGUGUUAUUUAUGGUGAUAUCGGUACUUCGCCAUUAUACGUUUAUUCCUCGACCUUCACAAGUCAGCCGAGUUAUGAAGACUUGGUCGGCGCGCUUUCUAUUAUCAUAUGGUCCCUUACUUUGAUGGUGUCUAUCAAAUACGUUUUUAUUGUUCUGGCUGCAGAUGACGAUGGUGAGGGAGGAACAUUCGCGCUUUACAGUCUGCUUGCCCGAUAUGCGAACAUUGUGCGAAAAGACCCGAAUACUGCUGGUACCGUGAAGAUGGAGAGACAUCUUACUGGUGAUCUGAACCCGAUGAAUAAAGGCGUCAGAAGCUUUAUCGAGAAAUCCUCGGUCAUGAGAUUGACUUUGAAAUUGCUUGGUGUGAUAGGUGUGUCUAUGGUUAUGUCUGACGGAGUUCUUACGCCAGCUCAAUCUGUUCUUGGUGCCAUUCAAGGACUUCGCGUCGCUCAGCCAGAUAUUACUACUUCGACCAUUGUUGGAGUAACUUGCGCAAUCCUGAUUCUUCUUUUCGCUGUCCAGCCCUUCGGUACAACCAAAAUAGCCUCAAGCUUUGCGCCUAUCGUCAUCGUCUGGCUCCUCUUCAACGCUGUCUGCGGAAUUUACAACCUUUCGAUGCACGACCACACAGUCUUGAAAGCAUUCUCUCCCUACUUUGCUGGUCAAUACUUAGUACGCAAUGGUGAAGAAGGAUGGAGAUCUCUAGGUGGUCUAUUACUAGCCUUUACUGGCGUUGAGGCUUUGUUCGCCGAUCUAGGAGCCUUUAGCAAGAGAGCUGUACAGAUUUCAUGGCUCGGAUUCUCAUUCCCCUGUUUGUUGUUGGCUUAUAUUGGUCAAGCAGCAUAUAUCUCCAAGGAUGCCACAGAGGAAGCAUACACAAAUCCCUUCUUCAACACUGUACCACCGGGAACUUUCUACUUCAGUCUUGUUCUCGCGGUUCUUGCAGCGGUUGUGGCCUCACAGGCAAUGAUUACUGGUAGCUUUCAGUUGUUGGCUCAGGUGAUGAGGAUGUCUUAUUUUCCACAUAUCAAGACAGUCCAUACCUCGAAGCUUUUCCAUGGACAAGUGUACAUGCCAUUCGCAAACUGGCUCCUCAUGAUCGGAACCGUAAUUGUUACAGCAGUUUACAGCGACACAACCCGACUUGGCAACGCCUAUGGUGUCUGUGUUAUUGCUGUGACCUUCAUAACCACGCUAAUGGUGUCACUGGUCGCCCUCAUUAUCUGGCGCAUAAACCUCUUCAUCGUCCUCUUCUUCCUCCUAGUCUUCGCCUGCCUCGACGGCGUAUACCUCUCUUCCGCCCUAACCAAAGUACCCAAAGGAGCCUGGUUUACCAUCAUGCUUGGUGCCAUCCUAUCCAUAACCUUCGUCCUCUGGCGCUUCGGCAAAGAAAACCAAUGGACCUCCGAAAAAGAAGACCGAUUCCAACUAUCCCACCUCCUGAAGAACGACUCGGCAGGAGACCUAAUGUUAACCGAGCAAUUCGGCGGCAUGAAAAUCAGCACCGUCGGUGGAGUUGGCAUUUUCUUCGACAAGAUAGGUGACAUGGUGCCAAUUGUCUUCACGCAGUUCGUCCGCAAGUUCAGCGCCAGACCUCAAAUCAUCGUUUGGUUCCAUCUCCGUCCCCUCUCAACCCCAAGUAUCCCAGAAAGCGAACGCUACGUCGUCCAACGCACGUCCUUACCCUACAGCUACCGUAUCACAGUCCGUCACGGCUACCGCGACGACAUAGUCUCUCCCGAUCUCGCACGUCUCGUCAUCGAGCAGCUUGUCCUCUUCAUCACCCGUGAUACCGGUCGCUCUUCAUCAACUACAUCAGCGCGCAGUAUCGAGCAUUCUCCGGCUGUGCAGCAGGAGCUACAUGUCCUGACUAAGGCGGCGCAGGAUCAGGUUGUGUAUGUGAUGGGCAAGGAACAGAUGAGGAUUAAAGCUGGGACGGGGUGGGUUAGGAGAGGGUUGUUGUGGGCGUUUCUGUGGAUCAGGGAGAAUAGUCGGACGAAGAUGGCGGAUAUGGAUAUUCCUGUUGAGCAGUUGGUGGAGGUUGGGUUUGUUAAGGAGAUUUGA